AUGGCUGAUCUCGCAAGCCGCAUCACGGACCCCAACGAGUCGACCACUGAUACUGCCAAGGAUGCCUCAGCCGCUUCAAACGCGCAGGUCGACGGUGCAUCUGCCGCCAUCGGCGGCUCAGCCUUACACGAAGCAGACGGUGAUGUAGAAGUCACCAUUAGCGGUGGUGACAAUGAGGCUCCUAUAUAUUCGGCUUCUACAUGGGAUGAUUUGGGAUUGUCAGAGCAUAUCCUGAAGGGUCUCUUGGCGGAGAACUUCUUGAAGCCAUCCAAAAUCCAAGGCAGAUCAUUGCCCCUCAUGCUGAGCAAUCCUCCCAAGAACAUGGUCGCCCAGUCGCAGUCUGGUACCGGAAAGACUGUUGCCUUCCUCACGGCCAGUUUAUCCCGUAUCGAUUUCACCCAGCCUGAGCAGCCACAGGCUUUGAUCUUAGCACCUACGCAAGAACUGGCCGACCAGAUCUACAGGAACAUUCAUACCAUUGGACGAUUUAUCGAAAACCUCAAGGUUGCGCUUGCCAUUCCGCAGAGGAUUCCCCGAGGCGAGGCAGUCCGUGCCAGUGUGGUUGUCGGUACCCCAGGCACCGUCCUGGACCUGGGUCGCCGGAAGCAGCUGGAUGGCUCCAAGCUGAAGGUCCUCGUUCUCGACGAGGCUGAUAACAUGUUGGACCAGGCUGGUCUAGGUGAUCAAUGUCUCCGUGUGAAGCUUCAACUCCUGCCCCCCGACACCAGGGCGAGCAUCCAAGUGCUCCUCUUCUCCGCUACGUUCCCAGCACGUGUCAAGGAUUAUAUUCCCAAGUUUGCCCCCAACGCAAACAGUUUGACUCUGAAGACGAAAGAGCUCACGGUCAAGGGCAUCUCUCAAAUGUUUAUUGACUGCCCGGACGAGAACGCUCGAUAUGAUAUCCUCUGCAAACUCUACGGCCUGAUGACUAUUGGACAGUCGGUUAUUUUCGUAAAGACCCGUAAAAGUGCCAAUGAAAUCCAGCGGCGCAUGACGGAUGACGGCCACAAGGUCACUGUUCUGCAUGGUGAAUUCGACAGCAAUGAACGACAAGAGUUACUCGCCAAGUUUCGCAGCGGAGAAAGCAAGGUCCUCAUCACGACCAACUUAUUGUCCCGUGGUAUCGACGUCUCUAGUGUCUCCAUGGUCAUCAACUACGAUAUUCCGAUGAAGCCUGGGCCGAAAGGGGACGAGCCCGAUGCUGAGACAUAUCUGCACCGUAUUGGACGAACUGGACGGUUCGGUCGCAUUGGCGUCAGUAUCAGCUUCGUUUAUGAUCAAAAGAGCUUUGACUCCCUUAGUGCUAUCGCAUUGCACUUUGGUAUCGACUUGGUUAACUUGCCCACGGAUGAUUGGGAUGAGGCUGAAGAGAAGGUCAAGCAAGUUAUCAAGAAGAAUAGCGCACAAGCCGCUUAUGUUCCCAAGGUGGAGGACAACCAGCCAGCACCCGCAUCAGCUUCUUAG